AUGGUUAAACUAACAACAGAAUUAAUUCAAAAUUCUAUGCAGUAUAUGAAUCCAUGUCGAGAUCGAGAAUUAGAUCUCAGAGGUUAUAAAAUUCCACAAAUUGAGAAUAUGGGAGCUACAUUAGACCAAUUUGACACAAUCGACUUCUCAGAAAAUGAUAUCAGGAAACUGGAUGGAUUUCCGUUAUUGAAAAGAUUGAAGUGUCUGUUGCUCAACAGUAACAGAAUUGUGAGAAUUGGUGAAAAUUUGGAACAAUAUAUUCCCAAUUUAGAAUCCCUCAUUUUGACUAAUAACAACAUUCAAGAACUUGGUGACUUGGAUCCUCUAAUCACCUUACCAAAGCUCAAAACUUUGUCACUUUUACACAACCCAGUUGCUAAUAAACAACAUUACAGGGCUUACGUAGCAUUUAAAUUCCCCGAGCUAAGAUUAUUAGACUUUAGAAAAAUUAAACAGAAAGAAAGAGAUGAAGCAAAUACCUUGUUUAAGAGCAAAAAAGGAAAAGAAAUGCAGAAAGAAAUAGCACGAAAAGCCAAAACCUUUGUUCCUGGAGGAAAUAUGCCUGAUCCUAAAACUACUAAUCUCAAUCCUCAAGAGAUCCAGAAAAUACGAGAGGCCAUCAAGAAUGCAUCAUCUCUACAGGAAGUGGAAAGGUUAACCAGAAUGCUGCAGUCGGGCCAAAUCCCUGGUCAAAAACCAUUACAGCCACAGAUACAACCAAAUGGCAAUCAAGAAGAGGAUGAAGAAAUGGAGACUGAUCAAUCUAAUGGACAAUAA